UCCUCCACUCUCCACCGCCCUUAAAUUCGCACCCGCUUCGCACUCGCGCCCGGGGGGAAUUAACUUAUCAAGUCAGUGAGUGAGUGAGUGGCGAGCGAAGUCAAGUCACCCUCUGAGUCAGCCCCCCCUGAUUAAGUCGACCCUCGAGUGAGUCCGCGAACUUGGUGGCAGCCAGCCAGGCAGACAGCGAGCAAGCGACUUCGCCGUCGAGUCGGCGCAGUCGUUGUUAGCUGGGCGAGGUUGCCGCUGAGUUUGUGUUGGCUGACAACGCCGUCGGUUUCGUUGUUAAGUCUCCACAAGCCGCAGGGAUCUUUGUUUAGGACCCCCAACUCCCCCCCUAUCUCUACCACUCCAUCUAGAAGAGCGCUCCGGUUCAAGGAGGACAGCCAUGCGUGUACGUUGAUCCAUUUACAAGGGAGUGCCCGGCCCCCCUACUGGGCCCCCCACCCACCCCCCGGGCCAAGACGAUGGAGCUGCAACCGCCAACCCCACAGACGCCCCCACCACAGCCCCCCAGCCUCUCCAUACAACAGCAGCAGCAGCUACAGCAGCAGCAGCAACAGCAGCAGCAUCAGCAACAGGCAUUCAUGGUGCUGCAGCCAGGCCCGCAGCGCCCCCUGCUGCCUCAGUUGGGCUACAACGCGCUGGUCAACUUCCUCAUUGAGAAGAAGAUCGGACGGGGCCAGUUCAGCGAGGUAUACCGUGCCACGUGCCUGCUCGACCACAUGCCCGUCGCACUCAAGAAGGUGCAGAUCUUUGAGAUGAUGGACGCCAAGGCACGGCAAGACUGCAUCAAGGAGAUUGACCUCCUCAAGCAACUGAACCACCCGAACGUGAUCAAGUACCUGGCGUCGUUCAUCGAGGAGAAUGAACUCAACAUCGUGCUGGAGCUCGCGGACGCCGGCGACCUCUCCCGCAUGAUCAAGCACUUUAAGAAGCAGAAGCGUUUAAUUCCGGAGCGCACGAUCUGGAAGUAUUUUGUGCAGCUGUGCAGCGCCCUGGAACACAUGCACUCCCGCCGAAUCAUGCACAGAGACAUCAAGCCGGCGAACGUGUUCAUCACGGCGACAGGCGUCGUGAAGCUGGGGGACCUGGGACUCGGGCGGUUCUUCAGCUCCAAGACCACGGCCGCACACUCGCUCGUGGGGACUCCGUACUACAUGUCUCCGGAGCGGAUACACGAAAACGGUUACAACUUCAAGUCCGACAUCUGGUCAAUCGGAUGCCUCCUGUACGAGAUGGCGGCCCUGCAGAGUCCGUUCUAUGGGGACAAGAUGAACCUGUACUCGCUGUGCAAGAAGAUCGAGCAGUGCGACUACCCUCCCCUCCCCUCCGACUACUACUCCCAGCAGCUGCGGGAGUUGGUGAACAUGUGCAUCAGUCCCGACCCAGAGCAGAGGCCGGACAUCGGCUACGUCUACAACGUCGCCACGCAGAUGCACGCCGCCACCUCCUCGUCCUCCCCCGCCACCACCGCCACCACCGGCUCCUCCUAGACGGCCCCGCCACGGCCGUCUGUGGGCUGGCUGUGGACCGCCGCAGCCACCUGUAGCCCUCCUGCGGUCUGCCAGGGCCGCCCCCGUAUCCCGCCACGGCCGUCUGUAGACCGUCACGGCGGCCUGUGGCCCGCCGCGGCCUCCACUACGCCGCCGCCGUGCGUCACGGCCGUGCCGGCGUGAGCGCCCCGCCUCUCCGAGUGUCGACCCCCUCCAUGGCGAAGCCGCAGCGUGCCACAGCAAUCCGUGUGGUCUCCCACGGGCCCCCGAAAUGGUUUGUCACGAGCCGCCACGGAAAAGCAACAGCGAGCUUCUCUCUAGCAGGGCGAGCUACGGUGAGCUACAGACCGCCUACGCUGAGCCGCAAAAGAGACACGGUAUCCUAUAGCAAGCUCUGGGAAAACUGCAGCCUACCGGGCCUACACAGCAAACGGCAACGGCAGUGUCAUUCGGAUAGCCGCCACGGAUUGAUUGAGCUUGUGACUGCACGCCCCACGGCAAGCUACUCUGUGACGUACAGCCCACCACGGCUAUAGCAGCCCCGAUACCGCAAGUCCUGACGUGCCGCAGGCAGGCAUUCGUACGCCACGGCAAGCGGCAGCAGCAGCAGCAGCGACUUUGGGGCACGGCAAGCUGGUCACAGCGUGCCACAGCAAGCUGCGUGCGUGCGACGGCGAGCCGUAGCAACCUGCCACAGCCAGACUUUGAUGUGCCGCAGCAACCUAUCACAGCCUGCCCGCUUACAGCAUGCCAGAGCGAGCGCCUCAGCUGUGGCCUUGCGAACAGCCUGCCACGGCCGGCACACGUGGUUAUGACUUGCCACGGCAAGCUACAGCCUGCCGCAGUGGUGUAGGGGAAGAGAAGUGGUGCGUCAGCUGUGGGGUCGCAACUGUGGGUGGCAAAUGCACGGGAUGAGAGGGAAACGGCCUCUACCACAGGCGGAACUACAGGCGGAAUGACGGGGACACGGGCAGUCGCAUGGGCAGACUGCAAAAACCGGACACAAUGCAACAACGCGGCAACACAUCGCUACGGCAACAGAAAUUGGACGGGCUACAGCAACGCAACACCCAAACUAUGACAACACCACAGCCGUCUACAACAACCCCACCAACUAGACCGUCUACCCACACACACAACCCAGGCCUCAUUUUUUGUGUCACUCUGCUAUAACUCGUCAUCAUCAUUAUUAUUGUUAUUAUUUUUUAUUUCUUAUCGUUUAUCUCCCGCUCCCUCCAUGCUGUUGUGAUGGACACGUGGUUGGAGUUGUUUGUUUUGAACCAGAACUCCGCUCCCCCUCCCUCCCCACCUUAGUCAGCGGAUGGAGGAGACCCCCCCCCCCCCACCCCGUGAUUGGGGUUUCUCUGCCACGCGACGUGGCCACGCGACCCGCUCGUGGCGCUGACCACAGACGACGAAUAAAGGGUUCCUGCAUUUCA